GCUUUUGAGAUCCUUUCUAGCCUGCCGUUUUUUAGGGAGAGGGCCUGGGGUUAUCCGAGGUAAAUCUAUUUAACAUAGUUUAUUUCCUUGAUUUGCUAAAUUCAUGUUUACUCUUAGCCAAGUUUCAGUAAUGAAGACGCGUUAUCAAAAUGUGUCGCAAAUUCACUUCGCCUGCUUCUUGCGUUAUACAGGUUGGCCUGGUAAGAUUCUUUGCAAGAUCCAACGAUUCUUUGAAGCUUGGACCAACAAUGCUGCUAUUUUAACGAUUGCGUUGAUCGUUGCUGAUCGAUUCAUCGCUGUAUUUUUCCCUCUACGUGGACCAAUUGUUUCUCAUAAAGCAGUCCAGCUAAUAAUCGCCUCAUAA